AUGGUACAAAAUAGAAAACGGAAGACGUCCAAAGCAGGUGAUGUCCCCAUGCGUAUUGCACUGAACUACGAAACAGUUCUUCCGCUCGUGUUUGUGGAUAAUAUGGACGAGGUGCGGGCCAAAUACAAACCCUACAAAAUCAUUGAGGAGGGACUGUCUGACGAUAGUACAGAUGACGAGCAUACGGUUUCAAAAAGGCGACUAGCUACCUCUCAACCAUCGAGAAAACGAAGUAGGGUGCCUUCUACAAUUGAUGCGGUUGCCAAAGGCUUUGCUUUGCCUUCGGCUCGUGUGGGCUGGGGGGCGCAGGCGUUGCGCGAAAGCACUCCAUAUGGAUUAUUACGGCGCCGUGAUCUCUUUGAUCGUUGCUGCUACAUAAUGGACCUUGAGGACCACGUGUGGUGCCAUGAAAAAAAGGUCCCUAUUCCUUUUUUUGUUGAUGCAAUCACAAAGCUGGAGAGGAAAUAUGUUAUGCAUCUUGAAGCUGCAGCUCGAGGGAGUGAAGCGCCGACAAACGUGGAUGUUUUUAAUGGUGCUCAUAAUAAUAAUAAUAAUAAUAAUCUUUACCUGUCGGGGGAAAAUAGGGUGGAGUUAUGUGGUGUGUGUUCGCUACCGGAGCUUUCCGAAGAGUCUGAGUGUUUUCUUCAUUGUAGACGAUGUGGGUGCCAGGCACACGUGAAGUGUUGGAUUUUAGAGGCUUUACCACCGAAUGCAAAAAGCUGGCUUUGUCCAUGCUGCGUAGUGGCGCGACGUGAGAAAGGCGUCGGGCGUUGCCAUUUCUGUGGGCGAAAGGGUGGUGUGAUGCUGCCGUUUGUUUCGGGUGUUGGGUGGAAAAGCGAGAGUUCCGUUGGGAAAUCCCUUUUCUGUCACAUUGUGUGUUCUCUUGCUCUUGAGGAGUUGGCCAUUGAUGCGAAGAAGCGUGUGGUGCAUCCCGUAAAGCGUUCAAGGAAGUCCAAUCAUUUGGCUCGUUGUGUGUUCUGCAACAGUGAGAGUGCGGGGGCGUGUGAGAGAUGUCAUCAUCCUCGUUGUUUUGAUUCGAUGCACCCUUCUUGUGCACAACAGGCCGGCACCUUAGAGUGCUACCGGGCCCCGCAUGCCAUAAGUGGCACUGGCCCAUGGGAUGGAUGUCGCUUGUAUUGCCGUGCGCACUUUGGAGUGGUGGUGGAAUCACCGUCAGGUUUUGCAGGAAUAGGGGAGUUUGCAGAAGCCGAAGCCCUUCGCCAUGUGAAUUUUGCAGACUUUGUUGACGAGAAAAGACCCGUGCGGAGGGGAAGACCCCCGAAUGCCAGAGUUACGCCGGCUGCUUUGGAUGCAGUCAAAAAGUAUUGGGUUAAAAAGCGUCUGCAACGGCUUCAUGAUGGUGUGAAGAUUGUGGAAAACGUUCAAGGAGGCCGAUGUGAUAUUGUUUCUGUGUCACUUCGACCCGAAAUCAUGAAGAUCACGCCAACAGAGGUGCGCCUUGCACGUUUUGUUUGUCUCAUACCGGAACUACAGCAUCAUAUUAAUGCCAGCGUUGAGGGAGUGUUGCCCAUUCCUGACGAGGAGUACGAUGACGUGGAGGAGUACAGGAAGGCUCACUCCCGCACCCGCUACGCAGGUAACACACGGAAACUCUAUGAAAAGAUGCAGUCUGUUGCUUCUCAUAUUAAUGUUUUUUGUGAGCUUGCAGAAUUGCUGCACCAACGUGCCGUGGUGUGGCGGGAGUUGUUGGAGACAGAUCUACAGGUUCUGGAGGCGCGUUGUCACUGGGGAGCCGAGGCAAAUUAA